AUGGCUGCGGGAGGAGAUGGCGUCCUCCAUCUUGUCGGGACCACUCGGAACCGGGUCUGUGGGGCUGGGCGACGUGUCCCCUGCAGACCCCGCUGCGGUCCGCCAUUCGGCAAGGGACAGCCUACUCCCGGCGUCUGCGUGGGGCCCAAAGAGACCCAGACCCCGUUCCCACCCCGAAGGCCCAGAUGGAGGCCCGGGGGCGCCACUGGAGCCUGGCCCGCUGCGAGUCUGGGCGCCGCCGCCCGCCUGCGUCUCCCCCUAGUGGUGGAGUGGGAUUUAAUGGAAGUUGGUCAAACACCAUUUGACCAUGUCUUGAAACUCAGAAGCCAUUGCACCCCACAGCGUGGUGGGGUAGGGUGGGCUAGAAGGAAGGGACCAGGUUCACCGGGACAGGAGACGGACUCUGUGGACCCCCGAGGGCCAGCCCCGCAGUCUUUCCAGAGAGCUGAGAAACCUGGUCGGGUCCGCCGUCGGAAGACCAGACGGGAGCGAAAUGAGUCCCUGGUGGGCAGCUGCCGGCCAUUGGCUCAUCAGGAGCCUCCUGUGGCUAGUCGGAAUCCACCCAUGGACCUCCAGGACCACGUGGCCCCUACUGCAACCAAGCUAGUGGUCAUAACCCAGGGCCGGCUAAGCCUGGAGCACCGGGGUCUCUUCAACCAUGAGGUGAAAUCUCUGGAUGUGGCAAGGCUGCCGAGCAGUGGGUCACUGGAACCAGACACCCCCACAUUACCCAGCAAGCCUUCCCCAAGCCCAGUCAGGGCCCAAGAACCAGGCCCACAGUCAAGAGGCAAGGAGAACCAGGUGCCUGGAGACUCUGGCCCAGGCCCACCUAGUCCCCUAGAGCUCCCUGGCUUGGGGCAGCUGCUAGGGGAGCUGCAGGGCCAGCUGAUUCUGCCACAGGCCUUCCCCAGGAGGAACCUAGUACAAGAGGAGGAUGCCAUCCUGGGUACUUUACAGGUAUGCCAUGGUUGUGUGCCCGACCUUACCCUGGUGCUCCGAGGCUGCCAGCCUCCUUGGACCAAGCCUGAGGACUCUGAGAGAUGAAGGAUCAACAGCCCUGAGCAGGCCCCAGGGGAAGGAAGGCAGAGGAGGAGAGGAGGACAGGGGACAAAGGAAUUCACCUUUGCUGAGCCUCAUACCUCCAGCACUCUCACUACACACAGAGUGAGCCUGGCUCCACCGAAAGGUCCUUGGCCACCCACAUUGCCUUCCACAUCUCCGGUUGCCUGGGGCCCUCCCACAGCCUUUGACCUGCUGAAAAGCAUCUGGCUAGUAGCCACACCACCUCCUUCCUGGCCCCGUGGGGUCAGCACGCCACAGUCCCUGCCUCAGCUACCAUCCCCCUUGUUUUCCCAAACCUCUGCCCUUGACUGGAGUCCUUGUCCCCCUGCCCCACUGCCCAGCCUCUCCUAUACAGUGGCCCAGAGCAGCCCAGAGGCCUGGUCCUUUCCACCCAUGAGACUGUACUAAGGGGACUAAUGCUGGUAUAGGGGCAGCACUCCCAGUCACCUCAAUAAAAU